CACAUCGAUCGCUCUCUUUCUCUCUCUCCCUCAUAGCUUCGGUCGCACUCUGUCAGUGUCGAUCUCACUCUCACUCUCGGUCUUAAGUCUCACUCUCUCUCAGUUUCACUCUCACUGGCCCCGAGUGGCGUGUUCGCAACCACUCUUUUUCCCUCCAUCGCAAAAUCGCAACGCAUAAACAUAUCCAUCCGUACGUACACGCACAGAGCCGUUCCAUCAACAACCACAUCUCAUCGUAUCGCCCAUCAUCGCAAUCGGCCCACAUCGCUCAUUCAUCUAUCGGAUUUCGAAUGCUGGUCUCGCACACAGGUGCAGUGUCCUGACGACGGCGGCGUCGAUUCUUUUUCUGCUUUCCGCCCUGUGCUCAUUGCACCAGGAACAUCCGUCGCACGGUCUCACCGAGCCACCUUCACUAGUGUCACGGCGCAAGAGGGCGCGCGCGCGCGAGAAAGGGAGGCAAAAUAGAGGAGAACUCGGUGGUGGGGCCUUGUCUAACUACGACUACUACUACUGCUGCUACUUCAUCUACUACUACUGCUACUACUACUACUACUACUACUACUACUACUACUACUACUACUACUAUCACUUACCUCGCCUACUGCGCGCGCAGCAGCAUUGUUCAACCUUUUCGCGCGCGAGCGCCGCGCAAAGCGCAUCAGCAUCUGCAUCCCGCACCCUGCGCCUGCGCCUUCCGGGUAGUACAUCCGCGCGACCUCCCUCAUACGAGUGUGUGUUGGAAACCCUGCCACCAGGGAGAGGGGCUAUAAGCAAUGGACCACCCGAGUCCGUCCGCCCGCAGUGGUGGCGACGGCGGCGGUGCGGCAGCGGCCAGACGUGAGGGACCAGCAGGAGGACCAGACGUCGUAUCCGACGAGAGCUCAGCAAGCUCAAUGUCGGACGAGGAGGACGCGGCGGUCGACGCGGGCGGCGGAUAUAGACCCCAGACGCCCACGCCCCCGCCCCAACGACGACAGCAGCAGCAGCAGCAGCAACAUUACCCGCCACCGCCGAGGGGUAGCAGGGAGAGGGACAUCCGUACGGAACGGCACCGCGAACGUGAUCGGGACAGAGGAGACCGCGACAGGGAUAGAGACAGGGAUAGGGAUAGGGAUAGGGACCGGGACCGGGAUCGAGGUCGGGAGGACUUCAAGAGAGGAGGAGGACCACCGCCGCCACCUUUGGACAAAGAUCGUGAUCGCGACCGCGACAGAGACAGGGACAGAGACAGAGACCGCGAUAGCCCGCCGACGCCGAGGGACACCAAGAGGCAGAGCUUCGCGGCAGACGACAAGUACUACAGCAACGGACACGGCGCCAGCAACGCCCCCCAUAACGGCCACGCCCGACGGCAGAGCGUGCCGCCCAACAGCGCCAACAACGGUACCAAACGGCAGAGCAUCACAGAGCGGCUCAUGAGCACCUGGACGGCGCGUACGGCGCGGGAGCCGGUGGGCGUCGCUGCCUCGUCGUCGGCGCCCCCCUCGCGCCGCGCCUCGUCGGCUUCGACGGCGGCGAACAAGUUCAACCCGAUGGGCCGCGUGCGCGAGUGGCUCGACACGUGCAACGCCGAGCACGGCGACCACUGCUCCGGCCCGCCGGGGGACACGUGGCGGCCGAUAUGGCUCAUCGACUCGGUGAACCGAUGCCUCGUGCGCGCGCGCGCAACGGACCGGUACAUCGCGCUGAGCUACGUCUACGAGCCGCCGCUGCCGAGCUCGCGGGGCCCCGUCGAGACGCUGCGGGGGAACCUGGAGAUGCUGACGGCGAGCAUGGACGACGCGGACGUGCCGCAGACGAUACUGGACGCCAUGUGGCUGGCGAGGAAACUGGGCAUCAAGUACCUCUGGGUGGACCGGUUCUGCAUCGUGCAGGACGACGACGUGGAAAGGGAGGAGCACAUCAGGAACAUGGCGUACAUCUACGCCAACGCCUACCUGACGAUCGUUGCGGCGGCGGGAGACGCCGAGUCCGGGCUGACGGGCCUGUUGAGGAGGACACCGCCGCCGCGCGGGGCCGCGGCGAGGAAGCACGACGACCUGGUGCUGUCGUCGCGAUGGGCCGGGCGGGCGUGGACAGUGCAGGAGGGCAUGUACUCGCGGCGCAAGGUCUAUGUGUUCGAGGAGACGGUGACGUGGGAAUGCCACUGCGACGUGUGGCAGGGCCCACCCGGGAGCGGCGGCGGCGGCGGGCGUCUCAACAAGAUCCUCAAGGGCGGCGGGAACCGCAGCGGCCCCUGCGGGCAGAGGACAUUCCCCGCGGUGACGGGGUACCUGCACCCCGUGUGGCCGGACAUGGACGAAUACGCGCGGAUCGCGAUGGAGUUCAGCGCGCGGCGGGUGACGGUCAUGUCGGACACGGCGAGAGCGCUGCGGGGCAUCACGACGGUGCUGUCGCAGUCGUUCGCGGGCGGCUUCAUCUUCGGCAUGCCGGUGGGCUUCCUCGACAUGGCGAUGCUGUGGCAGCCGCGGGCGACGGUGCGGCGGCGGCUGAUGGUGCAGCCCAUGACGGGGGCGAACCCGCUGCCGUCGUGGAGCUGGCUUGGAUGGCACUACGACGGCGUCCCCGCGGACCUGACGCUCUGGCGCGCAGCGGCCGAUUACGUACAGGAUGCGCCGCCGUCCGGACGCAAGGCCGCCGCCGCCGAGAGGCGGUUCAAGAGCCCCUACGCCUUCCGGCUGCGGCCGCUCGUAAGCUACGAGCUGACGGACAGGGCGACGUACACGCCGCUGCCGAACGACGGCAUGGCGUACCGCGACCGGCGGCACAGGAGGACGGUGCCGCUGCCGGCGGGGUGGUCGAGGAGCAGCGGCGGCGGUUUCCGGUACGCGGGGGACCCGGAGGUUGUGUUUCGGUACCCGGUGCCCGUGGCGGAGAUGGCGAUGAUGUCGGGCGACAGAGGAGCCGUGGGGGGGCUGUCGUCGUCGUCGCCGUUCGCGGACCUGGCCAUGAGCGCGACGCUGCUGUCGUUCAGCACAACGGUGGCUUUCCUCGAGGUGGACUUCGCGAUGGCGCGGAACGGGACGCCAGUGGACGCCAAGGCGGCCAACGCCGUCAACACGGGCAACAACACGGGACCCGGGGCAGGGCUGGUGGCGCCGGGGAGGGGGUAUGGGGUGCCGCUGGCGAUCGGCAACGUGUGGUCGCGGACGGGCAAGUGGUGCGGCGUGGUGACGGCGCACGACAGCUGGCUCGGGCUGCAGGGGGCGAACCACACGGGGGAGGAGAAGCUCGAGUUCGUGGCGGUGUCGACGGCGAGCGAGCGGGGCGGCAGCCACGUAUUCGACCUGGACGCGUUCCGGGACAACAUGGACGAUGACGAGAUCGUCGACUUUGUCAACGUGCUGUGGGUCGAGAGGGUGGGCGGCGUGUGUUACCGGAGAGGGCUGGGGCAUAUAGUGCAGAGGGUCUGGGACGCCGUCGCGAGGGAACGGGUCGAGAUCCUUCUGGGGUAAGGGGCUUGUUCUGUGUGUUUUGGAUGUGAGGGAUGAGGGACCCGGAGCAGUUGUUGUUGCAAGGAUAUACAUAUACAUAUGUGAUUGAUGUAGGAUUAUCUUGGUCGGGACGAUGUGAGACCGGGAGGUUUGCUGUUCUUGUUCUUGUACCUCCUGUUGGGGAAGGGGGAUCUUGGGUUGAACGACGCCACAACGAUGUGCGGGCGAGGUGGUAGGUGUCUAGAUGUUUCUUGUACGAGAUGUGGGAUAUCUCUCUCCCCUGCCCCCCUCCCUUGGGCUGGGCGAUAUCCGUGUUUUACCAUAGCUUCACGGCGAGUUUGUAAUACCGAAGGCCCUCGAUGAUGGGCGUGUUUGAAG